AAUGGUAACACUUCGGAGCUGUGCUUUUCCCCCUCAGCCCAAGAAAAUGAUCAAGUCAAUCAUGUGGACAUGCUUCAUUAUUCAUUGAACACAAUCUUUUACAACGCUCCGUUUACGUGCUGGAGUUUCUCCCUACGCUUUGCUCUAAAUGUUGAAGGUCUCAUUUUUACAGCUCCUGAUCGUCACUAUCUACCCCACGUCUUGAAGAAUUUCCCUCACCCUGGAGGCAGAUCUGUUGAUUUAAGAAUACCCUGGGUCUUCCUCAACUUCCUCUUCAGAUCUGGCUCAUUUCCAAGUGGCUUUGUCUUCUAUCCCUGACUGCCAGAAGUCAUCAGAAGAGCUACUGUCCAGCUCAGGGAAGAGGGACGCCCAUUUGGCAAUCUGUCAGUGCCAGGCUCCGCCGCAUUUGCGAGGGUAUUUUCUAACCGGACUGAUAAACCUUAAAACAAGUAUGCCGUUGAGUUGCUAAGGGAUGGAGGAAGCUAGUCUGUGCCUUGGAGUUUCUUCAGCCGUGCCGGAAGCCGAGGCCCAUAUUAACAGCACGUUACUUAAUGGCCAGUAUUCAAUGAGCCAGAAACUUCACCAGAUCACCUCCCAGCUCAGCCAUGCCUUCCCCGAGCUCCAAACUCGGCAGAACCCCGAGGAGAAGGCAGCGGCUCCCCUAGAAGAGAAGGGCCACGUGUCCCUCGGCGGUCAGCCGAUCGGCAACCAGAUGGCUCUCUUGGCCAAUCAGCUCAACAGGGAUGUUGACACCAGUCUGAACGGGCGGGUGGACCUGCAGCAGUUCCUGAACGGGCAGAACCUCGGCAUCAUGUCCCAGAUGAGCGACAUAGAGGACGACGCCCGGAAGAAUCGGAAGUAUCCCUGCCCGCUCUGCGGGAAGCGGUUCCGCUUCAACAGCAUCCUCUCGCUGCACAUGCGUACCCACACCGGCGAGAAACCCUUCAAGUGCCCCUACUGUGACCACCGAGCUGCCCAGAAGGGGAACCUGAAGAUCCACCUCCGCACCCACAAGCUGGGGAACCUGGGGAAAGGCCGCGGGCGAGUCCGGGAGGAGAACAGGCUCCUCCACGAGCUGGAGGAGAGGGCCAUUUUGAGGGACAAACAGAUGAAGAGCAGCCUCCUGCAGCCCCGACCAGAUGUCAAGCCCCUUCCCCAUGCCCAUUCCCAGCCGCCCCCGCUCACUAACUGCAGCUUACCCGUGCCAGCCAACCACAGCGUCCCCGAUCUCGCCCAUGCAGUCCCUUCCCCCAAGCCAGCCACCGUCCAGGAAGACCUGGUGACCCCGGCGGCGGGAUUUCGCUGCACCUUCUGCAAGGGCAAGUUCAAGAAGCGCGAGGAAUUGGACCGCCACAUCCGGAUCCUCCACAAGCCGUACAAGUGCACGCUGUGUGACUUCGCGGCCUCUCAGGAGGAGGAGCUGAUCAGCCACGUGGAGAAGGCCCACAUCACCGCCGAGUCGGCCCAGGGCCAGGGCUCCAACGGCAAUGGGGAGCAGUCCACCAAUGAGUUCCGGUGCGAGGUGUGCGGCCAGGUCUUCAGCCAGGCCUGGUUCCUGAAGGGCCACAUGAGGAAACACAAAGAUUCGUUCGAGCACUGCUGCCAGAUCUGCGGGCGGCGCUUCAAGGAGCCCUGGUUCCUGAAAAACCACAUGAAGGUUCACCUGAACAAACUCUCCGUCAAGAACAAGUCACCCAACGACUCCGAGGUGCCCGUGCCCAUGGGUGGCAUGUCCCAGGAGGCCCAUGCCAAUCUCUACUCCAGGUAUCUUUCGUGUCUGCAGAGUGGCUUCCUGCCCCCGGACAAAUCGGGCCUGAGCGAGCAGAACCAGCUCUACGGCAAAGGGGACUUGGCCCUGAAGGACAAGGAGGUUCUGGGGAAGCUGCUGUCGCCCAUUUCUGGCCUUGGCCAUGGCCUCACCGAUGGGGAUAAGCACUCUUUGCUGGGCUGUCUCAAUUUGGUGCCUCCUCUGAAAUCCAGCUGUAUAGAGAGGUUGCAGGCUGCCGCCAAAGCAGCGGAGAUGGACCCAGUCAACAGCUAUCAGGCCUGGCAGCUUAUGGCGAGAGGGAUGACGAUGGAGCAUGGCUUUUUGUCGAAAGAACAGCAGAUACAGCGUAGCCACGAAGACACUCUGGCAAAUGCCGGAGUUCUGUUUGAUAAGGAGAAGCGGGAGUAUGUGUUAGUAGGAGCAGAUGGCUCUAAGCAGAAAAUGCCUGCUGAUUUGGUUCACAGCACUAAAAUGGGCAAUCAGAGAGACUUGCCAAACAAACUAGACCCUUUAGAAGGCAGUAGAGACUUUCUGUCACAUGGCCUGAACCAGGGACUCGAUUACAACCUGCAAAGUCAUGGUAGCCUGAAAGAGAAGCCCACCGAGUGCCCAGACUGUGGACGGGUGUUUCGAACCUACCAUCAGGUGGUCGUGCACUCCCGAGUCCAUAAGAGAGACCGCAAGGCGGAGGAAGAUGUGCUUCAAGGGAGCCUCGAGGAGCGGCGCGGCUCUGGAAGCGAUCAGGAGUCUCAGUCGGUGAGCAGAUCGACGACGCCGGGGUCUUCAAACGUCACCGAAGAGAGCGGAGUAGGCGGGGGCCUCUCGCAGACUGGCAGCGCCCAGGAAGACAGCCCGCACCCUUCAUCUCCUUCAUCGUCAGACAUUGGGGAAGAAGCUGGAAGAUCCAUGGCAGUCCAGCAGCCAGCUCUGCUGAGAGAUAGGAGUCUAGGUUCUGCCAUGAAGGACUGCCCUUACUGUGGGAAAACCUUCCGAACAUCUCACCACUUAAAGGUGCACUUGAGGAUACAUACAGGUGAGAAACCGUACAAAUGCCCCCACUGUGAUUAUGCUGGUACUCAAUCUGCAUCCCUAAAGUACCAUUUGGAGCGGCAUCAUAGGGAACGGCAGAAUGGUGCAGGCCCCCAUUCCGGGCAGCCCCCCCACCAAGACCACAAAGACGAGGCGUCCAGCAAGGCAUCUCUGUUCAUCAGGCCGGACAUUCUGAGGGGAGCCUUUAAGGGCCUUCCGGGGAUCGAUUUCCGAGGGGCCUCCGUCUCUCAGCAGUGGGCGGCCAGCAUGCUUCCCUCUGGAGAUCACGCCGGACAAACUGCAGGCAUGUCUUCGGAGACGUCUUCAGACAACAUGAAGGGCUCUGACCUGCCUUCCAAAGGGACACACUUCUCUGAACUCGGAAGAGCGUAUCAGAGUAUGGUCGGCAACGGGGUGAACUUCCAAGGGUCUCUGCAAGCCUUCAUGGACAGUUUCGUGCUGAGCUCUUUGAAGAAAGAGAAGGAAAUGAAGGACAAGGGCCCGUCUGAUCCUCUUUCCAUGAAAGGCCAUGGAUCAGAUGGCAGCGAAGAGAAAAGCAGUAGCAGGUCCUCCCAGAGGAAAACAGAGAAGUCUCAGUAUGAACCCCUGGAUUUGUCUGUGAGGCCCGACGCUGCUUCUCUUCCGGGCUCGUCAGUGACGGUCCAAGACAAUAUCGCAUGGCACGGUUGCUUGUUUUGUUCCUUCACAACUUCCUCUAUGGAACUAAUGGCUCUUCACCUCCAGGCCAAUCACUUGGGCAAAGCUAAACGCAAGGAUAACACCUUGGGAGCUUUGGGAAAUGGCAAAGACCUUUCCAGAGAGGCACUGAAAGUUGGCCUGCUCUCUUCAUCCAUACAAUCCAGCAAGGAGGUGGGAGUCUCUAAUAUGAUUAGCCAACUGGACUCCACUUCUGAGAAAAUGACCAAAGGACAGAGCAAGGAUCCUCUGGCAGAACAAAAGAGCACUGCUUGGCCUGGUCACCUGGAGCCCACUUUUUGUAAUUUUAACUCCGACUUCUACAAGCAAUUUGGGGUUUACCCAGGCAUCGUUGGCCCAAGACCCUCCAAUACCUGUGCCAACAGUGGUCCUGAAGGGAAAGCCCAGCCUGAAGAUGACUCUGCCAUCCUCCUCCAUGAAUCUGUAAAUAAAACCACUAUUGACGACCUGUCUGACAUUGCCUCGUCUGAAGACAUGGAGUCUUCCAAGGAAGAAAACAAUGAAGAGGAGGAUAUUGAAACAGAACCUGAAAUGAUGAAUAAACCAUUGGCUGGUCUCAAUAAAGACAGCAGUGACGGAGGAGACGGUACCCUCAACCCAGUCCCCUCCCAUCCUACGCAAGGACUUGCCUUACCUUUGUCGCAGACAUCAGAGAAGCAGUGGCACAGCCCAAGUCUCCUUUCUUCCCAUGAAACUUCACCAGGUGCGAUGAAGCCAGAACAAAUUCAGGGUCCUCAGGUCCUGGAGAAGCAGAUGAACAUGUUAUCAGUCCUUAGGGCCUACAGCUCUGACGGCUUAGCAGCCUUUAACGGACUCGCAAGUAGCACAGCAAGUAGUGGAUGUAUCAAGAGGCCAGACUUGUGUGGUAAGUUUUAGAAUCCUAUUUCUUUAGUCCAUUUCCAAAAAGAGCAGCACAGAUUCACGCUUUCAAUCGGGUAAUAUGCUUGUGAGCAAAUUUGGAUUUCCAAGUCAAGAGCGUACAGUUCAAUUUAGACAAUCCAAUCAGGCCAUUAUGGAAAAAAAGCAUUUUUAAACUCAUGCUGUUUUCCGAUUGGUGUCAUAGUCUAUAGCACCUGUGCUAGAGGCAUGAAAAUGGGAAUACUACAGUGCUUAAUUCAUCUGUUUUAACUCAUAUUUGGAGAAAAAAGCUUUUUUAAAAAAAUGACAUGGUAACUUGCAAACUUUUCAGUAUUUUCAACUUACAUGGAAGAAUCCUAGAGAAAUUCUUAAUGCUGUGCUUAAGCCAACCUUGCUUUCUUCAACUUUUCUUUAUAUUGAUUUAGUAGAUACUAAACUCCCAUGACACUAACCAGAAGCCAAAUGCAAAGUGAAUGAAUGGGUCUCUCUAUAAUUAAGGAGAUAGAUUUUUACAAUUUUGUGAUUCGUUUUGGGAGAACCAAUCUAUAGAGAUCUUUGUUUAUUGCCAGUGGUUAGAUUACUGUCUAUUUGCUGUUCUAACUGGAGGUCUAUGAGUUGUGAAUUGACUGAUUAAGAUUAUGCCUGCAGGUAACUUAAAACACACACACACUCUCACUUACACACAUUCACAGAUCCAGUUUAUCUAUGAUUUACCACUACUUAAUCCAGUGAAAACUGGUGUUUCACUUUGUCAGAUCAUUAAUUUGCCCUACAUCCUUUUUUUUUGGUUGUUUUAUCUUUACCUAGUUAAAUCACUUGGUUGGGGGGUAAUGAAAAGGGGAAAUGACAUCAUCAGCUUACGAUGAUAACUCUCCCUCUGAAAAUUCAUGUCCACCCAAAAGGUAUUCAAGUGAAACAGAAUGACCCUUCCCCUCACAAUAGUUCUGGUGAUUCUAAUCUUCAAAUGGAUUUCAGCUGUCUUUUUACUUCACCUAUAAAAACUGAAAAGGAACAUCUCAAUCAGAGUUAACCGCUGGUCAUAAGGAGUUCCUUCCUUUGGCGUCCAGCAGACUUAAAAAAACUGUAAAAUAGCUUCAUAAAUUGGAAUUGAUAUAUCUCUCUCUUUUCUUCCCCCUCUGCCCAACUAAUUCAC